UAGCAUCCAGUCCUCCGAGCUGGAGGACGGCGGACAGUACCGGUUUGAAGCCACUAACUCUGUCGGGACCUGCAGCUGUACAGUCACACUGCUUGUUCUAGGUUUGUAAAAUUACUCUUAAACUCUGGUUAGAACAAAUAUUUAGUGUUUUUUCGUUGACUCUAAUUAUCUUCUGGUAUCACUUUAAACAGAAGAAGUAAUUCCUCCGACGUUCGCUAGGAAGUUAACAAACAUUCAAGCCGUUAUGGGCUCGGUGGUCACCAUGGAGUGCAAAGUGUCCGGUUCUCUUCCGAUAUCAGUGGAAUGGAGCAAAGGGAAGGAAAAGAUCAGCCAGAGCUCCAAAUAUGAACUUGUGCACAUUGAAAACACGUCGUCGCUGCAGUUCAAGCUGAGCGAGGCUGCUGAUACGGGAGAAUAUUCCUGCAGAGCUACCAACGCAGCAGGCAGCUGUGUGUGCAGUGGAGUCCUCACAGCUAAAGUGCCUCCGAGGUUUGUAGCUGAGCCCCGGUCUCAGGCUGUUACUCCAAAGUCUACUGCACUCUUCACAAGUGUGUUUGAAGGAACGCCUCCAUUUGUGGUGAAAUGGUUCAAGGAUGACCUUGAACUCAUCACGGGGCCUUCAUGUACCAUCACACUGGAGGAAUAUUCCUCCUCUGUAGAGCUCCGCUCGGUCGGGACGACGCAGGCUGGAAGUUAUUCUUGCCGAGUUAUUAACGAAGCCGGCGCGGUGGGAAGUGCAGCAGAGUUGUUGGUGAAAGGUUGGACUCGUCUUUUUUUCUCGUCCAUCAUCAAUUAACUCCAUCUUUUUUCUGCAUUCUCACAGCUCCUCUGUCUUCACUUCCUCUUCCUCACCACCUCACCUUUUCUUUUCUCACCAGGAAUAAUCUCCAUCCUCCAUCCGUGACAUUGA